ACCUACAAUCUCGCCAGUAAUAAUUGAUCUCCCACUCAACUUGGCAACUGAACGAAAUUAGUCGGCAAAACUUGAUAUUUUGAACGUAGGCAGAAGAUAUUCCGUACGCUAACGUACGUUGUGUUAAUAGAACUCAGGUGAAAGUGAGGAUCCAAAGGAAUUAAUAAAUGACCGAAGAUUGACCGUGACACGCGCAUCAUUCUUAAAUUACGAUAGAAACCUUCACAUGUUUCUCCGAGCGGCAAGGCGACUAUACACUAUGCGAUACUGAGAUCGAACAGGACGAGCAGAGAAACACAAAGAAUCGUGCGAAACACACAGCGAAUGGGCGACAGCAUGAACUUUCAAAGCGUGAAUAUCUUGAACGAUCGGCUGAAUAAAAUUUCUGGCAACUUGUUACCGAUGACAUCCAACAGCUCGUUCUCGAUAUUCUGGCAAGUAUACGGCAUACUUGUGUGGCUCGAACUGAUCGUCCGCGCGGGCGCCUUUAUUCCCGGGAUCAUGUUUGUGUCAAGGGAGAGAGUAAUGGCGAACGCCACGACUUCUAUUGUGUAUACCACGGAGGUGAUUUUCCUGAACGUGCAGAUUCAGCGGCACAGCAAGCUGUUGCGACAAUUCAUCCUCGAGCUGAACGACAUCCUCAGCACCAAGGACGAGAUCAUGAAAGACCUCGUGACAACGAUCACGAAGCCGAUCAAGACUGUAUUCACUCUGUACUGUAUAAUCAGCGUGUUGUCCUUGUCGGUGUGCUAUAUCAUGACGCCGUUGAUGUUGGUGUUCAAGAAGAGUUCGUUUUACUACGAGGACUAUAUAAUACCGGUAGCUUUCUCCGCGGAACCCUUCUCGGCCAAGGUUUACAUGUUGGGCAGUCUCGUCCUAUCGAUCGGCAGCAUUUACAUGUUCCUGAAAAAAGCUGGUGUGGACAUCUACAUGAUACAUCUAGUGAUGCUGAUGACAGUGCAGUACCGAUACAUCACGACGAAGCUCGCGAUGAUAUUUCGCGAGAGCGAUAUGCGGCAUGAACGGGAUGAUUUCGCGGAGGGAUGUUAUCCUAGGACGAAUUCGUGGACAGAGAAGGAGCUAAAAGCAUUAUGUCGGCACCACAACGCCAUAGUCCACUUGUCAUUUUUGUUAAAGAAGUUGUUGUCCUUGAACUUUAAUCUGAUUUACGUGAUUAGCGUGUUCCGAUUCUGUUUUGGCGCUAUUAUAUUUAAAGCAAUGCUGUCAGCGAGUUUCCUUGGAGGAUUUUUGAUCUUCUUGUUCGUACUGGCCGCAGUGCUGCAAUUUUAUAUUCUGUGCUAUUCCAUUCAAAAAUUAUUAGACGCAAGUACAGAAUUGACAGAUAUGGCAUUUCAAGAAAAUUGGUAUAAAUUUGGACUGUCCAUAAAACGCAUCUUCAUGUUAAUGAUUCUGAGUAAUAAUUUGGAGUGCAAACUUACAACGUGCGAGAAGUUAAAUCUUUCGUUGCCAUAAUUUAUGUCGGUCUUGAAUCAAGCAUAUUCGGUGGCGCUUCUGCUUUCAAGGUUCUAGUAAGACACGACGUGAAAUAUAUGUCGCUUUAAAUAAGGUAACGGAACUGUUCCUUCCUUUCUUUCUUUUCGCAAAGUAAAAAU